GCUGCCGGCUCCACCAUGGCGCCGUGGCUGCCCACCAAGGAGGAGAAAUACGGCGUCGCGCUCUGGAACUUCCCGCGCACCAACGAGCACCACCUGCCGCUGCAGAUCGGCGAGACCGUGCACAUCCUGCAGGCGGCCGAGGGCUGGUACCGCGGCUACUCGCUGAGGAACCGGGCUGCCCGGGGCAUCUUCCCGGCCUCGCUGAUCCACCUGAAGGGCGCCGUGGUGCAGCGCAGGGGUGCAGAGGAGAGCCUGGUGCCUGCCGAGAUGCCCAUGGUGCAGGAGAUCACCACCACGCUACGCGAGUGGGCCACGCUCUGGAAGCAGCUCUACGUGACAGGGCAGGCGCAGCGGUACCGGCAGGUGAAGGACAUGAUGCACGAGCUCCUGGAGCGGCGCUCGCAGCUGCUGUCGGGGACGCUGCCCACGGACGAGCUGCUGCAGCUCAAGAGGGAAGUGACCAGCAAGAUCGACUACGGCAACAAGAUCCUCGCGCUGGAUCUGGUGGUGCGGGACGAGAAUGAAAACAUCCUGGACCCCGACCGCACCAGCGUCAUCAGCCUCUUCCAGGCACACCAGAAGGCUGCGCAGACCAUUGCCCAGCGCAUGCAGGAGGAGACGCGCCCGCAGCAGAGCGAGCUGGGCUGCAGCGCCCGCCUGGCGUCCUCGCCCUCGCACAGCCUCUACCUCUGUGUGCACAACUUCGUCUGCAACAUCGGCGAGGAGGCGCAGCUGCUCAUGGCGCUCUACGACCCCGCGGAGCAGCGCAUGAUCAGCGAGAACUACGUGAUCCGCUGGGCCAGCACCGGCGUGCCCCAGGACAUCGAGCUGCUCAACAACCUCAAGGUCGUGUUCACGGACCUGGGCAGCAAGGACCUGAAGCGGGAGAGGCUCUUCCUGGUGUGCCAGAUCAUCCGCGUGGGCCGCAUGGACCUGCGGGAGAGCCUCAGCAGGAAGCUCAGCACCGGCCUGCGACGGCCCUUCGGCAUCUCCGUGAUGGACAUCACGGACAUCAGCAAGGGCAAGAGCGAGAGAGACGAGGACAAGCAGCACUUCAUCCCCGUGCACCAGGUGGCCGCCGACAGCGACUUCCUGCACAGCAUGAUCCGCAAGGCGGCCGAGGGCAAGGACAUCAACCACAAGGGCCAAGGGUUCUGGGUGUCCCUGAAGAUGCUCUGGGGCGACCUGAGCCAGGUGCGCAAGGACCACCCGCACCUCGUGGACCGCAGCACCGUGGUGGCCCGCAAGCUGGGCUACCCCGAGGUCAUCAUGCCAGGGGACGUCCGCAACGACAUCUACCUGACGCUGGUGCAGGGCGAGUUUGACAAGGGCAACAAGAAGACGCAGAAGAACGUGGAGGUGACGGUGUGCGUGUGCGACGAGGCCGGCGGCGUGGUGCCGAACGCGAUCUACCACGGCGCAGGGGACAGGCCCGUGAGCGAGUACCGCUCCGUGGUCUACUACCAGCAGCGGCACCAGCGCUGGAUGGAGACAGUCAAGGUUGCCGUCCCCAUCGAGGAUGUGCACAGGACCCACCUGCGCUUCACCUUCCGGCACCGCUCCUCCAGCGACUCCAAGGACAAGAGCGAGAAGAUUUUCUCCAUGGCCUUCGUGAAGCUGAUGCGGCCGGACGGCACCACGCUGCGCGACGGGGAGCACGACCUGCUGCUCUACAAGGGCGACAGCCGGCGCCUGGAGGAUGCCAGCGCCUACCUGGGGCUGCCAUCCACGCGGAGCACAGCCGAGCCCCGUGCGGCCCCCGGCGCCUCCUUCCGCGCCGGCGCCGCCGCCGGCAUCAGCGUGUCCACCCGUGACACCUUCCAGAUCGCCACCCUCAUCUGCUCCACCAAGCUCACGCAGAACGUGAACCUGCUGGGGCUGCUCAAGUGGCGCUCGAAGCCCACCCUGCUGGCCGGGAACCUGCAGAAGCUGAUGAACGUGGACGGCGGGGAAGUGAUCAAGUUCCUGCAGGACACCCUGGAUGCCCUUUUCUCCAUCAUGAUGGAGAACGCGGACACGGACAUCUAUGAUGCACUCAUCUUUGAUGCCCUGGUCUUCAUUGUGGGGCUGGUGGCUGACCGCAAGUUCCAGCAUUUCAACGCGGUGCUCGAGGCCUAUAUCCGUCAGCACUUCAGCGCCACGCUCGCCUACAAGAAGCUCGUCACAGUGCUCACGCAGCACGUGGAGCGGGCGAGCCGUGGCGAGCCCGGCGAGCCGCUUGCCCGCACCUUCAAGGCGCUCGAGUACAUCUUCAAGUUCAUCGUCCGCUCCCGGCGCCUCUUCGCGCAGCUCUACGAGGGCAGGGAGGCCGCCGAGUUCCAGCAGUCGCUGCAGCGCUUCUUCCUCUGCCUCAACGAGCUGAUGCGGUGCCCGCAGGAGGGGCCCACGCUGCUCUCGCAGGGAGCAGCCCUGAAGUACCUGCCCUCCAUCCUCGAGGACGUGGCGGGGAUCUUCGACCUCUCGGCGCUGGGGGCGCUGCUGCGGGACUUCAUCGGGAACCUGCCGCCGCAGCGGCUGCUCAGGCAGAAGCUGCAGUCGCUGACGGACAUCGUCAACAGCAAGGUGUUCCAGCACGGCGAGUGCAGGGAGCUGCUGCUGCGCACGGCCGUGCCCAUCCUGCAGGAGCUCAUGGCGAAGGGCGAGGAGGAGGACGCCUGCAUCGCGCUGCUCAGCAACGUCCUCGAGGUGCUCUACAAGGCCCACAAGGGCACGGCGAGGAAGCACAUCCAGCUGCUGCUGGACCGGCUGCUGCCCACCGUGAACCGCAGGGUGAUCGUCCUGGAGCGGGAGAGCAGCCUGCGGAGCCACUACGUGGCCUGCAUGACAGCCAUGCUCAGCCAGAUGGACACGGAGCACUACAGCUCCUACAUUGCAGCCUUCCCCUCCCGAACCGAGCUCAUGGACUUCCUCAUGGAGACCUUCAUCCUCUUCAAGGACCUCAUCGGCAAGACCGUGUAUCCCUCGGACUGGGUGGUGAUGAACAUGGUGCAGAACCGUGAGUUCCUGCGCACCAUCAACCACUUCGCAGCCACCCUCCGGGAGACCUUCCUGCAGCAGAGCAGCUUCGAGCUGCAGCUUUGGAACAACUACUUCCACCUGGCCGUGGCUUUCCUCACCCAGGACUCCCUGCAGCUGGAGAACUUCUCCCAGGCCAAGCGCACCAGCAUCCUGGCCAAGUAUGGGGACAUGCGAGCCACGAUUGGUGCUGCCAUCCGGGACAUGUGGUACAACCUCGGGCAGCGCAAGAUCGAGUUCAUCCCCGCCAUGGUGGGCCCCAUCCUGGAGAUGACGCUGGUGCCGGAGCUGGAGCUGCGCAGAUCCACCAUCCCCAUCUUCUUCGACAUGAUGCUCUGCGAGUACCAGCUGACUGAGAGCUUCAGCUGCUUCGAGGACGAGCUCCUGCGCAAGCUGGACAGCGAGGUGGAGGGCGGCCGGGGCGACGAGCAGUACAAGCAGCUCUUCGAGAGCAUCCUGCUCGACUGCUGCCGCGGGCACCCGCAGCUGGCCGAGCCCGGCGAGAACUUCGUGGCGCUGGUGACGGGGCUCCUGGAGCGGCUCCUCGACUACCGCGCCGUCAUGAACGACGAGAACAAAACCUACAGCAUGAGCUGCACCGUCAACCUCCUGAACUUCUACAAGGAGAUCGACCGCCAGGCCAUGUACAUCAGGUACCUCUACAAGCUCAAGGACCUGCACGUGAGCUACGAGAACUACACGGAGGGAGCCUACACGCUGCUGCUGCACGCGCGACUCCUCAAGUGGUCGGACGAGCCGAACACGGCCCCCAUGCAGGGCUCGCACAGCCCCAGCCUGCACACACAGCGGCAGCUCAAGGAGGCUCUCUACAACCAGAUCAUCAGCUACUUCGACCAGGGCAAGAUGUGGGAGGAGGCCAUCCACAUCUGCAAGGAGCUGGCGGAGCAGUACGAGAGCGAGGUCUUCGACUACGAGAUGCUGAGCGACAUCUUGCAGCGUGAGGCCAAGUUCUAUGAGAAGAUCCUCAAGGUGCUGCGGCCCAGCCCCGACUACUUCGCCGUGGGCUACUACGGCCAGGGCUUCCCCACCUUCCUGCGGAACAAGGUCUUCAUCUACCGGGGCAAGGAGUACGAGCGCCGGGAGGACUUCGAGCUGCGCCUGCUCAGCCCCUUCCCCAACGCGGAGAAGCUGAAGACCACGUCGUCGCCGGGGCCGGACGUCACCGCCUCGCCGGGGCAGUACAUCCAGUGCUUCACGGUGCAGCCGGUGGAGGAAGCCCGGGUGCGGUUCAAGGAGCGGAGCGUCCCGGAGCAGAUCACCAACUUCUACAAGGCCAACCACGUGCAGAGCUUCAGCUACUCACGGCCCUUCCAGAAGGGCCCCAAGGACCCCGACAACGAGUUUGCCACCAUGUGGAUCGAGCGGACCACGUUCACCACGGCGUACCCGCUGCCCGGCAUUCUGCGCUGGUUCGCGGUCACCGCCACAGCCACGACCAUCAUCAGCCCCCUGGAAAACGCCAUCGAGACCAUGACAAGAACCAACGAGAAGAUCCUGAGCGAGAUCAACCGGCACCAGAACGACCCCAGCCUGCCUGUGAACCCGCUCUCCAUGCUGCUCAACGGCAUCGUGGACCCCGCCGUCAUGGGCGGCUUCGCCAAGUACGAGACGGCCUUCUUCCAGGAAUCCUACCUGCGGGAGCACCCCGAGGACGAGGCCGGCGUGGAGAGGCUGAAGGACCUCAUCGCCUGGCAGGCGCCACUGCUGGCGGAGGGCAUCCGCAUCCACGGGCGGAAGGUGACGGAAGACCUGCGGCCCUUCCACGCGCGCAUGGAGCAGUGCUUCGAGCAGCUGCGCGCCAAGGUGCACAGCCAGUACGGUGUGCGGGAGAUGGUGUCCCUGGAGGAGCGGCGCGGAGGGCGGCCCCGCUCCGUGUCCUGGGCACCCGAGUGGGAGCGGCCGAGUGGCGCCGCGAACAGCGCGGAGGCGGCCGUAGCCCCCAGGCCGGCCGAGGGCGAGCAGCGCCGCAGCGAGCGCAGGGAGCACCGUGCCAGCACCGUGUUCGGACAGCGGCGGCAGGAGCAGCGCCAGUCGGUGUCGGAGCCCCCGGGGCUGCAGGACGAGGGGCAGAGACUGCCCCGCAACGUGGGUGAGAGCGGCGCGGAGCGGAGGCCCCCGGCGAGCAGGGAGCCCGCGGGCGCACAGCCCGGCCCUGCAGCGCUGUCACCCACCAGCUUUGGGGGCCGCGUGAAGAGCGCCAGCAAGGCGCUGCCGCCGCCGCGAAGGAUCAGCCCCACCGUGUACGAGACCUUCCUGGAGCCGGGCGAGGCGGCAAGCGGCACCAAGGUGCCCACGUCGCCUGCACUGGACAGGAACAAGGGGCUGAAGUGGCCGCCGCCGCCACCGCCCCCCAAGUCCAGGCGGGUGUCGCAGCUCUGAGGCCAUGGG